UGUGACGUCAUCACGCCGGAAUCAAAUCCCGGGUACCAUGGUAACAAGAGUAUGCGACGCUGGAUGGGGCACGGGGGGCGCCCUCUGUCUCUGGUCAGUCACUUCCAGCUGCAGCUCCACAGCCGCCCGGACUUCCCCGCUGCUGGAUGUGCUACAUCACCUCUCUCCCCUGCCGGCCUCAGCCCCGUGAACACGGUGGUGCUGCUGCUGCUGGGGAAUGGAGGUCUUGUCUCUGGCUGGCCAAGCGGGCAGUGGUCGCUGCCUUCCUCAACAUCGGUACCGUCUGGAGAGGGCCCCUGAGGCAUUGCCUGGGGGCUAGCGGCCUCAUCACCAGCCCAUGUAUGUCUCAUGACAGCUGUGUGAGGAAGAAUAAAGCAACAGGCUCUAAAGAGGAAAGAAAGGACAUGCACAUGAUGGUUGCAAAACCAGAGCAGUGGGUGAAACCUAUGGCAGCUGCUGGUGCCAACCAGUACACAUUCCAUUUGGAAGCCACAGACAAUCCCGGAGCCUUGAUUAAAGAUAUACGGGAGAGUGGCAUGAAGGUGGGACUGGGUAUUAAACCAAACACUACAGUGGAAUAUCUAGCACUGUGGGCAAAUCAAAUUGAUAUGGCGCUGGUGAUGACCGUGGAGCCUGGUUUCGGUGGACAGAAGUUCAUGGAGGAUAUGAUGCCAAAGGUGCAGUGGCUAAGAUCACAGUUUCCAUCACUGGACAUUGAGGUGGACGGGGGUGUGGGGCUGGACAAUAUCCACCGAUGCGCAGAGGCUGGCGCUAACAUGAUUGUCUCUGGAAGCGCCAUUAUGAAGAGUGACGACCCGCGCUCUGUGAUCAAUCUGCUCCGGAACACCUGCCGUGAAGCUGCGCAGAAACGCUCGCUGGAUCGGUGAAGCCUGAUGAAGUCAUUCUGGUACUGUGAUCCAACUACUGAGGGACCCCUUCCUGGUACAGAGAGCAAGCCUGGGACAGAGGCUAGGCUGGAACAAUACGGACCACCUACAGCCAUGCAUUACUCUUCCAGUGGAGAAUAACUGUAUGACAGAAGAGGCUUCAAUUCUUUUCUUUUUAUACAUGUCAAGGUUGUGUUUCUGUUACUCAAUCUGGAACUUGUUGUUUGUGUGGUCUCUAAAAAAAAAAAAUGUGCUGCUUCCUUUUACAUAACUCAGAGUGGAACUUCAUCUGUUUAAACCAAUUUGAACUGUGCUGUGUUACCUUUCCAUUUAUAUUAGAGCACAUUUAUUGGGAAAACUACUAGGAAGUUACUACCUACCCAAUGCCAUAUUUUGGGUCAGGUUUGCCCGCACUUCUUAUUUAUGUGGACUAAUAUAUAUAAAGCAGCAUAUUUUGCUAAGACUUAUUAAUAGGAAUGUUUUUUUUAUUUUUUUAAGUACUGAGUUGUUUACAUAUUAGACAAAAAAAAAUUACAAUUUGUUAACUUCAUUUAUGUAUUAUGCUUUACUUUGAGGGAUCAUCUAUCUGUCAGCAAAAGCUUUAAUACAACAGCUCAUAGACAGAUACUUGUGUCUGCGUUAAGCAGGCAUUGUUUUUUAGGCGAAUCCCAAAAUACAGUUAAGAAAACAGAAAAGUCGUGUCACUGAAAAAUUAAAUAUUCCGAUGUAAUAUACAA